UUGUAAGACUGUGAUAUGUGCUUCCGGCGGCCUCUGGGCUGCUUCCCCAGCGUCCAGGGCUAACGGGCUGAAGUAGAGAACACGGAAAGACUGAGUUAGCAGCCAGCCGGCCCUCAGAUUCAGCAAGCUGUAGCCAUGGACCGGGAUCUUCUGCGGCAGUCGCUGAAUUGCCAUGGGCCGUCGUUGCUCUCCCUGCUCCGGAGCGAACAGCAGGACAAUCCGCACUUCCGGAGCCUGCUGGGUUCGGCGGCGGAGCCUCUACGGGGUCCGCCGUCCCAACAGCAGUUACAGGGAAGAAAAGAGAAGAGAGUUGACAACAUUGAAAUACAAAAAUUCAUUUCCAAAAAAGCGGAUCUACUUUUUGCACUUUCCUGGAAAUCAGAUGCACCUGCAGGUUCUGAAGUUAAUGAAGAUAAUGAAGACCAUUAUGCCAUCAUGCCACCUUUGGAGCAGUUCAUGGAGAUACCUGGUGUGGACAGGAGAGAGCUGUUUUUCCGAGAUAUUGAGCGUGGUGAUAUAGUGAUUGGAAGAAUUAGUUCCAUUCGGGAAUUUGGGUUUUUCAUGGUAUUGAUCUGUUUAGGCAGUGGCAUCAUGAGAGACAUAUCCCACUUAGAAAUUACAGCUCUUUGUCCAUUAAGAGAUGUGCCUUCUCACAGUAACCAUGGGGAUCCUUUAUCAUAUUACCAAAUUGGUGACAUCAUUCGAGCUGGAAUCAAGGAUAUUGACAGAUAUCAUGAAAAGCUUGCAGUGUCUCUGUAUAGCUCAUCUGUUCCGCCACACCUUUCUGGGAUUACGUUAGGUGUAAUUAGUUCUGAAGAGCUUCCUUUGUACUACAGGAGGAGUGUUGAACUAAAUAGCAAUUCUUUGGAGUCCUAUGAAAAUAUCAUGCAGAGUUCCUUGGGAUUUGUUAAUCCAGGAGUAGUUGAAUUCCUUCUAGGAAAACUAGGAAUAGAUGACUCUAAUCCACCGUCUUUAAUGAGAGGUCUACAAAGCAAAAAUUUCUCUGAAGAUGAUUUUGCUUCUGCAUUAAGAAAGAAACAGUCUGCAUCUUGGGCUUUGAAAUGUGUGAAGACUGGAGUUGAUUAUUUUAAGGUUGGACGCCACGUGGAUGCUAUGAAUGAAUACAAUAAGGCUCUGGAAAUAGACAAACAAAAUGUGGAAGCUUUGGUAGCUCGUGGAGCAUUAUACGCAACAAAAGGAAGUCUGAACAAAGCAAUAGAAGAUUUUGAGCUUGCAUUGGAAAACUGUCCAAGUCACAGGAAUGCAAGAAAAUACCUCUGCCAGACACUUGUAGAAAGAGGAGGGCAGUUAGAAGAAGAAGAAAAGUUUUUAAAUGCUGAAAGUUACUAUAAGAAAGCUUUGGCUCUGGAUGAGACUUUUAAAGAUGCAGAGGAUGCUUUGCAGAAACUUCACAAAUACAUGCAGAAAUCUUUGGAAUUAAGAGAAAAACAAGCUGAAAAAGAAGAAAAGCAGAAAACAAAGAAAAUAGAAACAAGUGCAGAAAAGUUGCGUAAGCUCUUAAAAGAAGAGAAGAGGUUAAAAAAGAAAAGAAAAAAAUCUUCUUCUUCCUCUUCAAGUGUUUCCUCUGCUGAUGAAUCAGUUUCUUCUUCAUCAUCCUCUUCUGGUCACAGAAGACAUAAGAAGCGGAAGAGAAACCGUUCAGAGUCUUCUCGCAGUUCCAAAAGACAUUCAUCUAAGGUGUCUUCAAAUCAGAUAGAUCAGAAUAGAAAAGAUGAGUUCUAUCCAGUUCCAACCAAUACGUCAGCAUCUUUUCUUCACCAAAAGCAAGAAGUAGAAAAACUAUUGGAAAAGCAAGAUAGGUUACCAUAUCAAAAGACACAGGUAAAAGAAAAAGAUAGAUACCCUCUCUCUUCAUCUUCAGUUGAAAUUCCGGAUGAUUUUGGAGGUAGGUCUGAUGAAUCCAGAGGUUUUUACAAUAGCUGUAAAAUUCAGGCAGGUAGUAGCAAAACAGAAAAACUAUAUAAAUCAGAAAGGCAUUUUUCUAGUAGAAGAGAUUCCUCUGAUUCCUUCUGUAGGAAUUCAGAUGACAAGAUAAAAAUUUGUGGUUAUAGAAGAUUUGAAAAGGAUAUAGAGGGAAGAAAAGACCACUAUAAGAGGUGGGAACCAGGUUCAGUGAAGUAUUCAACUUCACCAGCAAGCUCAGACUACCCCUGGAAGUCAGUUGACAAAUAUAAAAAAUAUACUUAUUCUGGAUCACGUGAGUUUAGUAGACCUGAGCAAGGAUAUCAACUAAAUACAAAUCAAGGAGAAUAUGAAAGGGAAGACAAUUACGGGGAGGAUAUUAAUACAAAGGUUCCAGUAGAAGAUGGACUAAGUAGCAAAGAAAAAUCAGAAAGUGGAGUUAAAAAAAAUUUACCUCAAAAUUUGCUCAAUAUAUUUAAUCAGAUAGCUGAAUUUGAAAAAGAAAAAGGAAAUAAGCCAAAAAAUUAAUAAGCCAAGGCUAUUAAUACCAUUAUACUAAAGAUAAUUUUUUUAAAAUUCUGGCUUAAGUUACAGUAGUCCAAUUCAAAAGUCUCUGCUCCUAAAAUUAUUUUAUUUUUAGAGAUUGCAGAGAAUAAAUGCCUUUUAGCAUUUCUCAUAUUAUCUCAGUUGUAGAUCCUGUUUAUAUAGCCUGAUUUUUAGACUUUUCAUGUGUAUGUUUAUGUACAGUAUUUCUUACCUGACUGAUGAUUUAAACUUCUUUACCUAAAGAUAAUUCUCUGAAAGUACUGUUUUUUUUCACUGUAUAGUGAUGUAUGAGAAUUCCUGGAUCUACAUUAUCCUUCCUGCUGGUUAUUAAAUUUGUGCAUUGAACAAUUGAAUUAUUUUCAUUAAAAAAUCUCUUUACUCUCUUUUCUGUUAAAUUAAAAGCCCUCCGCUUUUGUAAAA